AUGCGCAACGCCGCGAGGCCCUUCUUCACGCACUCUGGCGGCGCGCUCGGCUUUGCGCCGGUGACGCUGCCGCCGCUGCCGAGCGGCGCCGUCCUCGACGUGCGCGAGUGUCCGCCGCCAGGCUCGCUAGCUGCAGCGCGAGCGCCGGUGCUCGGUGGACGGGUGUGGCCCGCCGCGGCCGCUCUGUGCCGCUGGCUCCGGCUCUCACGCCCGGCGCUGCUUGGGCUGCCCGUCGUGGAGCUCGGGUCUGGCACCGGCGCGGUCGGCCUGUACGCAGCGGCGCUGGGCGCGAGCAGGGUUGCCCUCACCGAUGGAUCUGCAGAGGUGAUAGACCUGCUGCGCGCCAACGCCACCCGCAACGCGCCGCACCACAGCGCGGUCGUGUCGGUGUCGGCGCUUCGGUGGGGCGACGGCAACGAUGCCGCCGCUGCGUGGCCGCAGGCAGAGGAGCCACCUGCCGCUGGUGCGACAGUCGGAGAAAUGAGAAGAACCGUCAGAGAACAUGGAUUGGGCGUGUCCACACGCGGUGAUUUCCGAGGCAAGGGGGUGAAGGACGCCGUCGUUGCGGCGUGUGAUGGACUCAGCGAGUGCAGCACGCCGGACUCAUCACAUGCAGCGUGGAACGCCGCGUCGGAGGCUGAGCCGGCGGGAGGUCUCGUGCUGGGGUCCGACCUCACCUACUUUGUCGACGACCACAGGCCUCUCUGCGACACCAUCGCCGCGCUCCUCGCCGCCCGGCCGCUCGCUCGCGCGGUGCUGGCGCACCAGCGGAGAGGCCUGCUCUUCCGCGGCGGCCGCACGCCCGGCGACCACCACCUCGACCACUUUUGCGCCGUCGCCGCAGCGAGCGGCCUGCGCGUGACGGCGGUGCCCGGCGCCGCAGCGGAGGCGGCGAGCGGGGCGGCUGGGGAGAACGUGUCGCUGCUCGAGGCGGUUGCAAUGGAGAUGCUCUCCAAGCUGAGCCUUGAGCGUGGUGACUCCUGCACCUUCUUCAUGCUGGACGCUGCUUUUGUGCGCAAAUUCCCGGGCAAGAGUCUGCCUUUCUUCCAGGAGAUUCGGGACCAUUUCGUUACCGAUGAGCCGCUCAUCGAAGUGGCGCUCACCUACGCCGACGUCGUGAAGGGCACCCACAUUGAGACGACCUUGGCGGUCUCGCACCGCUGGAUGCAGCCGGACGACCCGGACCCCGACGGCGAGCAGCUCAAGGCGCUCAAAGGCUUCCUCAACUCGCCCGCCGGCAAGAAGAUUGAGCGCGUCUGGAUAGACUCUGCGUGCAUGCCGCAGGACCAGCCAAAGGGCUCGCGCAGCGCGGAGGACGCGGCCGCCUUCAAGAGGAUGCUCAAGGAGGUGAACCGGCUUUACCUCGGCACCACCGUCCUGAUCCUCCUCGACAUGUCGUACGUGUCCCGCUUCUGGACUCAGUUUGAGUCGUGGCUGUCUAUGCAGUACGCCACCCCCUCCGGCCUCAAGCCGGCGGUGGGCACCAAGAACGAACGGCAUCACAUCGUCUGCAUCCAGAACGCCGCUGCGCAGGCCGAGUCGUUCGCGAAGCUGCUCGUCGAUCAGUGGGCGAACAAGACGCCGGACGAGGCGCACGCCUUCCUCUCCAAGCCUGACGUCACCGUGACCAACCAGGGCGACAAGGACUUGCAGCUGCCGAAAAUCAUGGAGCUCGACGCGACGGACGUCGAGCGACACCGGUGGCAGUGCCACCCAGGAGUGGUCGGGCGGUCUCCCGUCAUGAGAGAGCCACCAUGUGAUCCGUAUGAUGGUUCCUGA